UCUGCUGAAGACCCAGAAGACUCACAUCUUCUCUCGGCCUACGAGAAAGAGCCAGACCAUCAUGUUUACACCAGAAAAUCAUCCAUCUUUGGCAAAAGUCUACCUCGGCUACCUUCCAUCUCACACGCGAAGAUCUUGCAAGCGUCCAACUAUCCAAGAUACGGCAAGAAGAUCUCCUUUGCCAUUCUUCCCUCCUUCGUGCAGAACAGGUUUCGGCCAUCAACACAGCCCCAGAAAGCACUCCAUCCGACAGGUUUUCUCGACGGCAUGAGGGGAGUGGCAGCUUUCCUGGUCAUCAUAUUUCAUGUCGUGAAAUGCUGUUACGACACAAAGCACGGCUAUGCAUCUGGCGCUCACGGUGAACAUCGAGAGUUUCUCAAGCUUCCAUUCAUUCGAAUCAUAUAUGCCGGACCAACCAUGGUAUCCAUCUUCUUUGUGGUAUCAGGCUAUGCAUUAUCCUACAAACCAGUCAAGCUCAUGAGAAGCAAGAACUGGCAGAGCCUGUCGCAAUCGCUGGCCUCAUCAAUCUUUCGUCGUGCCAUUCGUUUGUUUUUGCCUUGUAUCGCGUCGACAUUUCUCAUCUCCUUGAUGAUUUGGUUGGGACUGUUUGAUUGGGGUACCGAGUUUGCGAAAGCAAGAGGACAGUAUAAUUCCAAACAUGACGUCGAUCUCCAAAAAUUCGACUCGCUCGCUGCACAGAUGGCGUUCUGGGCAAGAGAAACAUCAACGAAACUGAUCAAUCCUUGGUCCUUCGAGGCGAAACACACCCAGGUCACCAUCGAUGGCCAUCUGUGGACCAUCCCUGUCGAAUUCCGUUCUUCAUUGGUGUUGUACCUGACCCAAGCCGGCCUUGCGCACCUCAAAAGCAAGAUACGUAUGGCCGUUCUAGUCUUUCUCAUCAUCUGGGUGCAUCAUAUGGGACGCUGGGAGAUGAUCCUGUUCUACGGCGGUUUCCUUUGUGCCGAACUCGGCUUCCAACGCAAUCAGGCCCCGACGCCGGUCUUGCCAAUUGAUGGCUCGAAUUCAAAGCAGAGAAAUAAUAGGCUCAAGCCUGUGAUCUAUGUUUGCGUCUUCAUUCUAGGGUUAUACCUCGGCUGUCAGCCACANAAGAGCGCAGAAAAAACCCCUGGCUGGAUCACUCUUUACAGUAUGAUUCCAGAUGGUAUCGGGAAGCCCAAACGCUACUGGCCGGGAUGGGGCGCGAUUCUACUUGUCUGGUCCACUUCCUGCUACAAACCACUUCAACGUCUGUUCGACAACAAAGUCUCGCAAUAUCUCGGCAGGAUUUCCUUCUCCUUGUACAUCGUUCAUGGCGCUGUGACCCAUGUACUUGGGUUCCCGUUGAUGAACAUUCUUGAUGGUGUCUUGGGCCGAGAUAAUGCUUUCAAUAAGGGUGUCAGCUUUAGUGUUGGAUUUGGGGUAACGCUGUUCUUUACACUUUGGCUCGCUGAUCUGUUUACAAGAGCGGUUGACGAGCCGUCAAUCAAGAUUGCAAGAUGGGUGGAAGAAAAGUGCAACAAUCCUGUU